CGGGGUCAAUGAAUUAUUUUUUUACAAUUUCGUCUUGUGAUAUUUCAAUAAUCAAAAUUCGUAACAAUAUCAUGACUGAUCUACAUUUCUAUAAUACAAAAUACACUGCGUAAUAUAAUAUUCAUAUACAUACGGGGCCCAUACUCAGUACGUGUUUACCUUCAAUUCUCAGCCAAUCAGGCACCAUAACCUCGAAAUUGAGUACCUUGACGGAUUUUUCUAAUCGCUGAAAUCAUCCAAAAGCCUCUUUUUAAUUGAAAAGUGACGCCAUGAAAGUGGUAAAAGGUAACUGGAAUCAACUUCUGAGCAACUAUGAGGUGCUGAAAAUCUUGCAAAACACAAAAUCGUACAAGAAGCAAAAGAUGAAUCAACUGGCGACCAUUACUUAUCAAACGAUCAAGUAUCUGGAGGACACGCCAUGCAAAAAGCAGAGCGAAGAGAAGAUUGUAGAAUACUUGAAAGCAAUGGAAUCCAAAAAAUUAACGAAAGCUGAAAAGCUUACUCUCCUCAACCUUUGUCCGACUACUCCGCUUGAGAUACAAUUGAUGGUGGAAGAGAGCGAGGAACGACUAUCGGAAGAAGAAGUGGAGGCUGUACUGCAGAUCGUUACGAACGUGCGGGAAGACAAGCAAGAUACGGAACAAGAAACUUAAUCUAGCUCUCAACAUAGCUCAUUUAAAUAUAUAUUUGUAUGUACAUUUUAUUUAUAAUAAACAUGAAUUGGAAAUAGUAUAGCAUUAAAUAC